GUAAAUAAAUACAGCAAAUAAAUAAAUGCAAUGGGGAUAAAAAGCUGAGCAGAAUUAUAUUUCCAUUUAGUGUUCUACUUUUGCUUUGUCUGCUAUGAACGCUUUCUCUCCAGCCUCGAUUGUUGCCUUUUUUUCUGUUUCAGUUUCUCAUUGAACCUUCUACGACUCUCUUUCCGACACCCACAUUCUUCAUAAUUUCCGGCGGCCCUCGCCGGAUUCUUGGCCGAAAUAUCACCGGAAAAGCAAAGAGCAACACGAAGUGAGUAUUGGGUUUGUGGAGAUUGAUCAUAAAGUUGCAUUCUUUGAACUCUUUCGAGAAUUUUACGGUUUUUCCUUUCUGGGUUUUGAUUGGUGAAGCUUUUCAACAAUGGCGGAAACUUCAUAGCUGUACGGGGUGAAUAGGGUUUUUGGGGUGGUUCGAAGUAAAAAUCUGAGAGUUGGGUUUUGAUUAUUUUAGUGCCGGACUUCACCAGAAACACAGAAACAAGAAAGUUUUAAUCUUCUUUUUUUUUUUUUUUUUUUUAUAAUUAUUUCGAGGUGUUUCGGAUAUGUCAAUAACUAUUGGAUCUUCCAUUGACAUUUAUCUGUGAAAGAUUCUGUGUUGAAUUGCAACAACUCUGGUGCUUGACUGGUUGAAUGAUCAGUUGAAAAAUUGCACGAGUUUUUUAGACCGUUAAAAUGUGCAAAGGUGAGGACUUUGAGAAGUGUGAGUACAGAGAAACAAUGAAGGUGGGAUUUAAGUUGAUGGGGAGAGUUGAAAGGUUGAAAAGCUCAGUGUUGAAGGUGAACUCAUGGCUGCUGAUCAUCCGGGCGAUCGUGACGGCGUUGGUGUGGGCGUCGGCGGUGCAGCUGGUUGGGAUUUGGUUGAUUAGGGGGCCUAGUUUGUUCAAUGUUUGGCCUCCUUGCACUCACUUGGAAUUGCCUGCUCAUGCUGUAGAAUUGACUAAUAAGCCUCCAAUGCCAAUUGCUCUCCCUCCAAAAAGGGUUUACAAAAAUAAUGGCUAUCUCAUGGUUUCUUGCAAUGGAGGACUGAAUCAAAUGCGAGCGGCAAUCUGUGAUAUGGUUGCAGUUGCCAGAUACUUGAAUGUCACCCUUAUAGUUCCUGAGCUGGAUAAAAACUCCUUUUGGGCUGCGAGUGAGUUUCAGGACGUUUUCGAUGUUGAUCAUUUCAUUGCAUCGUUGAGAGACGAGGUUCGGAUAUUGAGGAUAUUGCCACCAAAGCUGAAGAAAAGACCUGCAUACUCGUUGCCACCAGUUAGUUGGUCUAAUAUGUCCUACUACCUUCAUCAGAUCCUGCCCCUGGUGCAGAAGUAUAAAGUAGUACAUUUGAAUAAAACCGAUGCUCGAGUAGCUAACAAUGGGCUACCUCUGGAGUUCCAGAAGCUGCGCUGCAGAGUUAAUUUCCAUGCUCUGAGAUUCACUUCCCAGAUAGAGGAAGUCGGUAGAAAGCUUGUCGGAAUUUUGAGAGAAAAAGGCCCUUUUCUGGCUCUUCAUCUCCGAUACGAAAUGGAUAUGUUGGCAUUCUCUGGCUGCAGUCAUGGGUGCAGCAAUGAUGAGGUAGAAGAACUCACAAGAAUGAGAUAUGCUAAUCCCUUGUGGAAGAUAAAAGACAUAAAUUCUGAAACAAAGAGGCUAGAAGGUUUGUGCCCACUAACACCAGAGGAAACUGCUCUAGUAUUGGUUGCACUCGGUGUUGAUCACAAUGUCCAGAUUUUUUAUAUUGCCGCUGGAGAAAUGUAUGGUGGAAACAGAAGGAUGGAAGGUUUGAAAGCUGCUUUCCGAAUUUGGGUCAGAAAAAGAGACGCGCUCUGCUGGAGCCUUCUCUCGGUGAUUUCCCGAGAUUAUCAAGCACUGUAUCCUCAGAACAAUCGUCAAACAACUAGUGCUCUGAUCUGGGUUUUUAGGAAGAUAAGAUGA